CGAGGCAUCAGUUCGGUCAUCCCUCCAUCCCUCCCUCCGCUCCAGCAGCACAGCGCCCCCUGCGGCCACACAGCUCCUCUCUCUCUCUCUCUCUCUCUCCUCCUGCAUCUCUCCAUCCCUCCCUCCGCUCCUCCUCUCCCUCCCUCCCUCAGAGCACAGCGCGAGCUCAGAGCGCGAGCCGCCGUCCUCCCACCUGCAGCUAAAGUUAUCGAGAGCAGAAGGACUCCAGCGUGAGAACUGCGACAGCACGGCCGGCGCUCCAGCGGUUGGAUGGGAAUAAAGCUGAAAUUGUGACCUUGAAAGACGAAGAUGUUGUUGCCAUGGGAACUCUUAAUCCUACUGUCACUCAAGUGCUACCUCGCAGAGAGAAUAAUUCGGCACGGUCCCGUCUUCACCCAGGAGCCCAGCGACAGCGUCUUCCCCCUCAGAGCCGACGACAACAAGAUCUUCAUCAACUGCAAAGCUAAAGGAAACCCCGUCCCACACUACAGGUGGAAGUUUAACGGGAGAGAUCUCACCCUCGACUCGGAUCUAAACUACAGUCUGGUUGAAGGAAACCUUUUGAUCAAUAACCCUCAGGCCCUGAAACACGGAGGAGUUUAUCAGUGUAUCGCCUCCAAUACCUUCGGAUCCAUCCUGAGCCGCGAGGCGACGGUGCAGUUCGCCUAUUUGCAGAAUUUCAGCAGUAAGGCCAGGGGUCCGGUGUCGGUGAGAGAGGGUCAGGCCGUGGUGCUGCUCUGUGGUCCUCCACCACAUUUCGGAGAAAUCAGAUACUCGUGGAUCUAUAACGGUCGGCCGAGCGUCCUCAUCAGAGAUAACCGGCGCUUCGUGUCUCAGAGGACGGGGAAUCUGUACAUUGCGAAGGUGGAGGCGUCAGACGUGGGGAACUACACCUGCGUGGUGAAGAACAUGAUGACCAACGCCACGGUGUUCAGCUCACCCACCCCGGUGGUGCUGCGGAGAGACGCUGUGAUGGGGGAGUACGAGCCGAAGAUCGAGGUCCAGUUUGAAGAGAUGCUCCACGUGGCGAAAGGAUCAUCGGUCAGGCUGGAGUGCUUCGCUUUAGGAAAUCCAGUGCCAGCCAUAUCUUGGAGAAGAGCAGAUGGAAGCCCUUUUCCCGGAAAGAUGAAAAUCAAUCAUUCUAACGGGGUUCUGGAGAUCCCGUAUUUCCGGCCGGAGGACGCCGGCGUUUACGAGUGCGUGGCGGAGAAUUCCCGAGGACGCAGCGUCUCUAAAGGACAUCUCAUUUUCUACGACGUGGAGCACCUACACUGGGCUCAGAUGCUGCGAGACGCCUACACCGCCAUCGAGGACGAUCUCCACUGGGACUGCAGAGCUAACGGUAAACCCCCACCUGUCUACAGGUGGUUAAAGAACGGACACACCCUGGAGUCUCAGGGCAGGAUUAACGUUGAUGGUGGAAAGUUAAGGAUCUCUAAAGUCAGCCUGGAGGAUUCUGGGAUGUAUCAGUGUCUGGCGAAGAACGAGCACAGUGUCAUCUACGCCAGCGCCGAACUCAAAGUCGUAGCCUCUCCUCCAGACUUCUCCCGCAGUCCGCUGAAGAAAUCCACGCUGGUGCAGCGAGGCGGUGAGGUCAUCAUCGAGUGCCGACCCCACGCCUCCCCCAGAGCCUCCUUCACCUGGAGGAGAGGAGGAGAGAUCCUGAGAGACAGCGACAGAUGGACGGUUCUGGAGGACGGGACUCUCCGGAUCACUAACGUGAGCGAGGGGGACGCCGGCAGGUACACCUGCGUGGCCCGGAACCCAUUCGGCACGGCGAGCAGCUCGGGAACGCUGGUGGUUAAAGAGCCCACUAAGAUCACGGUUCCUCCGCUGAGUAUGGACGCCACGGUGGGCGAGAGCAUCGUCCUGCCGUGUGAGGUCUCCAGAGACUCCGGCGUAGAUCCCACCUUCAAAUGGUUCUUCAACGGGAAACUCAUCGACUUCAGCCGACACGAGCACUUCGAGAUGAUCGGAGGGGGAUCAUCUGGAGACCUGAUGGUCCGAAACAUCCAGCUGAAGCACUCUGGGAAGUACGUCUGCAUGGUGCACACGGCGGUGGACAGUGUGUCGGCGGCGGCGGAUCUGAUCGUCAGAGGACCCCCUGGUGCCCCAGAGGGGGUGGUGGUGCGGGACGUCACGGACAGGACGGCUCAGAUCUCCUGGGGUCCCGGCUCCGACAACCACAGUCCUGUUACCCUCUACAUCCUGCAGACCCGCACCGCCUUCUCCAUCGGCUGGCAGGCUGUCACUACAGUUCCUGAUUCUGUGCCUGGACAGAUGACGCACUCCACCGCAGUGGGACUGAACCCCUGGGUGGAGUAUGAGUUUAGGGUGGUGGCGGUUAACGCUGUCGGGGUGGGGGAACCCAGCGCCCCGUCCCAACCCGUUCGAACCCGGCCAGCAGCUCCUGAAGUGGCUCCAGCCAAUGUGAGCGGAGGAGGAGGAAGCCGGGGUGAGCUGGUGAUCGUGUGGGAGCCGGUUCCUGAGGAGCUCCAGAACGGUGGGGAGUUUGGAUAUGUGGUGGCGUUCCGGCUGCUCGGUUCUCCGGUGUGGAUCCAGAGCGUGGUUCCGUCGGUGGACGCGUCGCGUUACGUGUUUAAAAACGACAGUAUUCCUCCUCUCUCGCGGUUUGAGGUGAAGGUGGGCGUGUACAACAGUAUGGGGGAGGGACCCUUCAGCCCAGAGGUCAUCGUCUACUCAGCAGAAGAAGAGCCGUCUGUAGCUCCUGCUGGAGUUUGGGGGAGCAGUCUGUCCUCCUCGGAGGUGGAGGUGUUCUGGGAGGCCGUCCCGCCGGGUCUCAGCCGAGCUCGGAUCACCGGAUACGAGGUGCGGUGGUGGGAGGAGGGAUCUCUGGAGGUGGAUGGAGGGAGGCAGCAGGUCAGCAGCAGCUCCGCCCGAAUCACCGGUCUGAAGGGGAGCACCCGGUACCGGGUCACCGUCCGAGCCACCAACAGCGGCGGAGCCGGACCCGCCAGCGCCCCCGUCAACAUCACCACCAAGAAACCUCCUCCGAGUCAGCCUCCGGGAAACAUCGAGUGGAAUCUGACCGACUCUAAGGUGUUUUUAAACUGGGAGCAGGUGAAGGCGAUGGAGAAUGAGUCUGAAGUAACUGGUUAUAAGGUGGUGUACCGUCAGAAUUGGCGUAGAAGGAUGAAUGUGGUCGAGACCAACAGAACCUCAGUGGAGCUCCAUAUUCCAUCAGGAGAAGAUCUGCUGAUCCAGAUUAAAGCCUCGAGUGACGGAGGAGACGGAAGCUACAGCAGCCCCAUCCGUAUACCAAAGAUGUCCAGUCUGAACUCCAGAGGAUUCUUCAGUUCUGCUGCCAGUAAAAUGGUUCAGAUCCACGGAGCCGCGGUUCUGGUGCUGGUUUGGCUGCUUUUGUAGAACUUUUGCCUUUUUAUUCUCACACAACUGAGACUCGAAUAACAAACAAACAAACAAACAA